AUGCGCCGGUGGCGAAUGUCAUCUCGGAAACGUCCGAACCUGUUGGAAAUGACAUCAAGUGUUCUAAGUUUCGCUAAAAUAGCCUUAGCCACCCUCUCCCCAACCCGGUACUUGAUCUCCGCCGCUCAAAAGGCAUGCCUGAACACAUUACGACGCACGAGAGUUGGGCGUCUGACGAUCACGGCAAGAGACGGAACGGUACACACAUUCGGCAGCGACUCUCAUCUGAGCAACGCGACAUCACCGAUAGAAGCAUCGCUGAUCGUCCGGAACGAUAACUUUUGGCUUCGGAUAGCGCUUUUCGGCGCCCUCGGGUUCGGCGAAGCGUACAUGUAUGACGAAAUCACGGUUCCGACAGACCUGGCGUCGUUGAUGAUUCUCCUGACACAGAAUCGAGAUGCCUACGCGGAGAUGAACCUGCUCCCAGCCGGUCUCAACGCGGCGUUGAACAACCUGCUCCUCUCGCGUAUCCCCAACACCAUCCUUAAUGCCGUCAGCAACAUUCAAGCGCAUUACGACCUCGGGAACGACAUGUUUACGUCGUUUUUGGACCCCACCAUCAUGUACUCCUGUCCAAUAUGGAAGACCGUGCCAACGGGCACCGAGUCUUUGCGAAAAGACGGACCCGAGGAAGACCCAGAAGACACCCUGGAACAGGCGCAAUAUCGGAAGGUCCACGCCAUGCUCGAUAUGGCGCACAUCAAACCAGGCCAUCACAUCCUCGAGUUUGGAACUGGGUGGGGAACCCUCGCGAUCGAAGCUGUUCGCCGAUAUCCCGGCAGCAAGGUGGUUUCUCUGACCCUUAGCAAAGAGCAAAAGAUUCUCGCAGAGGACCGUAUCGCCGCCGCCGGCUUGUCGAAUUCCAUUACAGUGCUUCUCUGCGAUUACCGCAAUCUGAAGCCGACGGACUACCUCCCAGCGGGCAAGACUACAUUCGACCGCAUCGUCUCCAUCGAAAUGCUCGAAGCCGUUGGACCGGAGAACCUGCCUGUCUUCUUCGCCAAAUGCAACGAAUACCUUGACCCCAAACAUGGUGUUUUGGCACUGCAAGUCAUCACCAUGCCCGAUGCCCGUUACGAAGCGUAUUUGCGGAAAACGGAUUUCAUUCAAAAGCACAUCUUCCCCGGAGGACAUUGUCCUUCCGUGUCCGCCAUUGUCGCCGCGGCGUACAAGGGCACGCGGGGCAACCUGAUCCUAGACGACCUCGACAACAUCGGCCCGCACUACGCGCAAGCCCUCCGCAUCUGGCGCCACAGGUUCCUCGAGAACUUCGACAGCGUCGCAGCGUCUGCAGAGAACCGAGAUGCACCCUACGACGCCACGUUCAAGCGGAAAUGGGAGUUUUACUUUGCGUUCUGUGAAGCUGGAUUCGCGACGCGCACACUGGGCGAUAUUCAGGUCCGAUUCACGAGAUGCGAGAACGUAGACUUGUUAGAAGGGAUUCCCCUCUGA